AUGAUCGUCAUCCACUCCAUCCAUUCCCGCUCUCCUUCCAUCAUGAACAGACCCGGCUAUCCUCCCUCCCACCAAUCUGGUGCGAGCCAAAUUCUCCCUGCGAAUUCUCCAGCUUUUACCUCGACGUCUCUCACUUCGGCGCCAGCAUACGGAGCAGUCACAAAUGUCCAGACUCAUCGCAGAAUACAACCUGCUGUACCUAUGCUUCCCGAAACAUCUUCGACCUCACGGUCGCCUUCAGACUGGAGUGCGCCAUCGAGACAAACCAGCCGUCCGUGCCGCUGUGGCCGCGGAAGGUGGUGGCGAUUCUCCUACCCUAUCCGAAUGAUGAUCGCUAUCCACGAGGAAUUACCGUUCCAACCGCAAUCGCGAGGAUCUUGCCCGCGCACACGGAAACUCAGCAUAUAUCAGAAAGAGACGUUCCUGGUGUCGCAGAACGGUCCCGAAGUGAGCUUCCUGAAAACAUUCGAGAGCCCGCUGUAUCGGUUCAGCCAGAACGAUGGGAAGCGGAGGCCACUUUUCCUCAGGUGCGAGCCCUGGGUUGAUGCAGACAGGAUCGAACGGGACAAGGUGGUGUAUUUGGAAUGCAGGUGCGAUAUCUCUCUUGGGAAUGUUGAGUAUAAUCCGGGUAUCCGGGUAACUGGAUGCGCCACCGGGAUUGGUGUGUUGGUAUCGAGAAUGCGAUUUUGA